CAGUUCUUUUUGAUUUUCUGGUCAGAAGAAUAAGUUGAAAUUAUGUCCUACACAGCUCACGAAGCUCAAGCCGCCUUGGCUCCUCAAUUCGAUGCUUACAGUAAGGCAAUUGAGGGUUCGGACUGGGAUACGGUAGCCACAUUUUAUCACCCGAAUGGAGUGAUUGUGCAGAAGGGAAAGGAGGCGUUUUAUGGAAAAGAUGCAAUAAAAGCGGAAUUGCUCAAAUUUUCGGAGGCAACCGGCAGAUCAACUUCCUCAUUUUCCAAUCAAAAGUACGAGGGAGCUGGUGACUAUCUGAUUAUCACUGCUGAUUUUUCUUCGGAAACUGAAAAAGCUGGAACUGUUAAAGGAAAAUUUGUGCAGAUUUGGAAGAAAGAAGGAGAUAGACAUUUGAUUUAUCAUGAUGAAUUUGAAGUUAAUCCAUAGAGUUUAUUUUUUGAAUUUUGAUUCAAUUUUCAUAGAUUUUUUUUGUAAUAAAAUUUACCAUUAUA